AAACUGCAUUUAAACCGGUGUGCUACCGAGCAUUUGAAACGUAUGCAUACAAACCUCCUACCGGCAAAGCCAAGCUGCGGAAGCUGCCGUUUUGCGCGCUCCUGUCAACGAGCAGAGGUAACGGAGCAAUCCUUGACGACACUCAGCAUGGUUAUGCUACUGGCGUUUCUGCUGUUGCUGUACUAUGGAGCUGGCAACAUCCAUUGCUCAAGGGUCAAUUACGGGAACAUCACAGACAUGCUCUCGUUGCUCGACUUCAAAGCGGCUACCAACGACCCAACAGAUGCCUUAAGAUCAUGGAACAGAAGUGUCCACUACUGCAACUGGACGGGUAUCAUUUGCAGCUCAUUUAACCCGGGGCGUGUCGCCGCUCUGCAACUCCCUGGCAAAAGCUUGUCUGGCGAGAUCACCCCCUCUCUUGGGAACUUGACGUUCCUUAAGAUCCUUGAUUUGUCCUCCAAUGGCUUCUCAGGCCAGUUAACUCCCCUCAACCAGCUCCAUGAGCUAGUCAUCCUUGACCUCAGCACCAAUUCGUUCCAGGGGAUAAUUCCCGACUCACUCACAAACUGUUCAAACCUAAAGCUCCUUAAUUUGUCCUCCAACGGCUUCUCGGGCCAGUUAACUCCUCUGAACCAGCUCCGUGAGCUGGUGGACCUAGCCCUCCGCAACAAUUCAUUCCAGGGGAUAAUCCCUGACUCACUCAUGAAUUGCUCAAACCUGCAAGUGAUGGAUCUUUCUAGAAACAUGCUAGCAGGCCCAAUCCCCACCAAAAUUGGUUCGCUCUACAAUCUAAUUGGUAUGGAUCUUUCUAAGAAUAAUCUCACCGGGGUCAUCCCGCCAAGCAUUGGCAACGGCACCCACCUUCAAACACUCGUUCUUCAAGAAAAUGGACUAGGGGGGAGCAUUCCUGAUAUGUUUGGAAAAUUGUCAGACAUGAUCGGCUUUAGCGUAGGUGCAAAUAGCCUUUCGGGUAGAAUACCACCUUCAGUCUUUAAUUUGACUUCUCUCCAAACACUAGGCCUGUAUGCAAAUAAGCUACAAGGGGAAUUGCCGCUUGAUAUUGGUGCCACCCUCCCUGAAAUUAUUGUUUUUACGCUAGGCCAGAACAUGCUUCAAGGGCACAUCCCACCUUCGCUAGGCAACGCUUCAGGGCUACAAGUGAUAGAUUUAUCAUCUAACAAUUUCGUUGGAGAAAUUCCUAGUUUUGGAAAGCUACUAAACCUUGAGUACUUAAACCUUGGGCAUAGUAUGCUUGAAUCAAGUGAAAGCCAAAGAUGGGAAUCCUUGUAUGGACUAACAAACUGUAGUAAUCUGUUUAUGCUGUCAUUAGAUAAUAAUCAGCUGCAAGGAGCCAUACCGGAUUUGGUCGGUAAGUUGUCCACUCACCUUACAAGUCUACACCUGAGUGGAAACAACCUAUCAGGAAUUGUUCCUUCAAGCCUAGCAAACCUGACUAGCAUAAUCGAUUUGGAUCUUAGCAACAACAGUUUAACUGGUACAAUUGAAGGAUGGUUAGGGAGUCUCAAAAAAUUACAAUCUUUAGAUCUUCAUGGAAAUAAUUUCGUCGGGUUCAUCCCACCAUCUUUUGGCAACCUUUCAGAACUAACUAUACUUUCUUUAGCACAAAAUGAAUUCAAAGGUCACAUACCUCCCACAUUGGGAAAACUUUCACAACUUUCAAGGCUGGACCUUAGCUAUAAUAAUCUGCAAGGUGACAUACGUCCAGAAAUUAGUGAGCUUAAACAACUCAUUGCACUAUAUCUCUCUUCUAGCAGACUUUCGGGAAAAAUUCCUGAUGAUCUGGGCAAGUGUCAGGGCCUCGUAACCAUCCAAAUGGACCACAAUAAUCUCACGGGUGUCAUUCCAACCUCUUUAGGCAACCUUUUGAGCUUGGACAUGCUCAACCUGUCCUAUAAUGAUUUAUCAGGUGCUAUCCCAACAGUUCUAAGUGACCUUCAACUUCUUAACAAGUUAGACCUAUCUUAUAAUCGUCUAGAAGGAGCAAUCCCAAGAAAUGGAGUGUUUGAGCACCCCGCAAACGUUUCACUUGAUGGCAACUCGGGACUUUGUGGACGAGCAACCGGUUUCCAUGUGCCCUCAUGCCCAGAUGCCUCGCUGAGAACAGGAAGACACUAUCGUUUGAUUACUGUGUUGAUCCCAAUAAUUGGCUUCCUGUCGCUGGCACUGUUGACUUGCUUUAUAAUCCAUGAGAAGAUACCACAAGCAACAUUUUCAUUGUUGCCUUCUCUCGGGGAGAAAUUCCCUAGAGUUUCUUACUGGGAUCUAGCUCGAGCGACAGGCAACUUCUCUGAGAUUAACUUGAUUGGCGAAGGAAGUUACAGUUCAGUGUACAAAGGAAAGUUGAAACAAGUUAAAACGGAAAUAGCAGUCAAGAUACUUGACCUUGACAUUCCAGGUGCCGAAGGAAGUUUUGCAUUAGAAUGCAAAGCGUUGAGAGGCAUUCGUCACAGAAACAUUGUUCCUCUCAUAACUGAAUGCUCUGCGAUUGACAGCAAAGGCAAUGCUUUCAGAGCUCUAAUCUAUGUUUUCAUGCCCAAUGGGAACUUGAACACUUGGUUGCAUCAUCAAGAGAAUCAGGCAGCCGGAAGGCAUUUAGGCCUAGCUCAAAGAAUAAGCAUAGCUACUAACAUAGCAGAUGCAUUGGACUAUUUGCAUCAUGAUAGCGGGAGGCCCAUCAUCCAUUGUGAUCUGAAGCCGAGUAACGUACUCCUAGACAUUCAUAUGAAUGCUUGUCUGGGAGAUUUUGGCAUCGCGAGGUUCUACAUUGAUUCUAAACUGAGAACAGUCGGAGAUUCUAAUUCAGUUACUGUAAACGGAACUCUGGGAUAUAUGGCUCCAGAGUAUGCUGAAAGCGGUCAUGCAUCUACUUGUGGGGACGUAUAUAGUUUUGGAAUUGUACUUUUGGAGAUGUUGACAGGAAAAAGACCAACGGAUGAUAUGUUCAGGAAUGAACUCACCAUCGUCAGAUUUGUGGAAACAAAUUUUCCUGAUCACACAUUAAAUUUUCUGGAUUCCUGUCUGCUAGAUGAAUGCAAUGAUGCCGUCAACCAAGUAGCAGCAGGACCGGAAAAUCCAACGAUCUUUCAGUCCUUGUUAUCUUUACUACGGAUAGCGCUUCUUUGUACACGCCAAUCCCCAAUUGAACGGCUUAACAUGAGAGAAGUAGCUACCCAAAUGCGCAAAAUCAACAUGGUGAACACGGGAGGUAGAGUGAGGAGCUCAACUUCUUUUAAGAGACUCGUCAGCUGGGCUUCUCAAAGGAGCUAAAAAAGAAGAGGAGGUGCAAUUAAGUAUGUUGAUAAAAUGAUCCCUUCUAAGAAUGUAAUGUUUUUUAUACCCCAGCUUGCAUUGCCUUUCUGGAUUAAUACCCCAGCUUGUAUAUAGUUUCAUGUGCAAGCCAAAAGCCGUGUGGGAAACCAAACUGCCCCGGCGUCGGUGCGGCGGGCCAUGGCCUGGAUGCUAUAAUCGUGCACUGUUAGGGAUGCCCGUUGCAGGGUUCUGCAGCAUCACAACCUACUAGCAGGCAAGCGAUGUGGAGGCAGUCCCGCACCCCAGGACGGGCAGAUUAUUUUCGUUGUGCGACUUCUCGCAACAUGCACAAUGAAAGUCAUGCACUGUUUUUCAUAAUUUGUUGACACAUUUCAAUUUAGUCCUCGAAUUUUAUGAAAUAAAUGUGCUCCUCAGAGCAGA